CUGCGCCGACUGCAGCUGUCAAGCGCCAUAAAGCGUGGAGCCUCAAAACGUUGCUGCAGUGUGGACUGAUAACGGCAGAAAAUGGCACUGAAUCUCAGUUAUACGUUACAAACUAAAGCCUACGACUCAAACACCUAAACAGCGACAUGGAUUCUGAGGGCCUGCUCGGUGUUAGUGAGCAGAUCUGAUCAGAGCUAGACAGAGUAUAGCCGAACACGUGAUAGAGACAGGAAACCAAAAUCAGUGGAUUCCCCACAACCACCCGACUUACAGAUGCUUUCGCUUUGAAACGGUCUAAAGACAGUAAAGUUGAGCUAGUGAAACGAGCAGAGCACAAGCCCAAGUGUGAAGAGCGUCGUGCAUAGCACAAAGCCACUGUAAGCUCAGGCAAAGUAAGACAAAGUUGGGGAUAAAGUGAAGAUCACCCAGGGCGCACUGCAGCAUGUGUCGUUACAUCUGAUCGCCUUCUGAUCAGAAAUCGAUUCAUUUUCGGAACAAACACACAGCAUACUCAUAUUCAACAAGACUGCCAUCUGCUUUGGGCUAUAAGAGUUUAUCUCGCACUAAAGCUUUGCUUUCGGCAGAGAUCACCGCCUUCAUGGUGUGUUGUUAUCACUCUUCCUCCCCAUUGAUCGCGUUGAAGUUUAUCGAGCCCCGAAGUUGGCGAGAAGCAAUACCUUGCGCAUGCGCAGUGCCGACUAACCAUCCUGCUCAAAAUAAGAGUUAAAAGAGAAACGAGGGAAAAAUGACAGACACACCUGCCAGCAAUAGCUCAGCCCCAGGAGCAGAUUUUGAUAUGAUGGCUGCUCUUGAUUGGAAGGACGGCAUCGCUACGCUGCCUGGCAGUAACAUCAGGUUCCGGAUGACAGAAUUUGGGACACUUGAGAUUGUAACUGAUCCAGAGCCUAAAGACAAAGAAGAGGAGUCUUCAUGCCCACAGUCAGAGACUACACCCUCUAACGGCUCAUCAGAGCCACCCAACCGUUCAACCCAGUCAGAAACGGCAACACUACGUGCAUGUGAUGGGGCAGCUCCGUCAGGGCUGCAGACGCAGACAGGUAGCUCAAGCACAAUGAGCACCAGCAGAGAGGAUCGCUCCAAUGUGGAGGUGGCCAGCUGUAAGUCCUGUGGCCACGCUGGUUCACGGGAGACCUUUCUCCAGGGAAAAUUCUGCAGUUCAGGCUGUGUACAACCCAGCAGUGGAAGAUCAACUCCAGGUGAUACCGGAGAAGGUGAACGUUUAGGUAAACGAAUUCGGAAGAAGAAGAAGAUGUUCAUGGAGUCUGAGGAUGAUGAGGAGGACAACAUUGAGGAAGAGGAGGAGAAGUUUAGAGUCUCAAAAGGCAGAAAAGCAGCCAAACUUGCCAGAUUGGUAACAGCUGCGCCCGCAAAGAAGAAGGCUUGGAGCUGGCCGGCCUAUCUGGAGGAAGAGAAAGCUGUGCCUGCUCCCUUAAAAUUAUUUAAAGAGCACCAGGCCUUUCCUCAGAGCAGGAAUGCCUUUAAGGUUGGAAUGAAGUUGGAGGGCUUGGACCCCUGCCAUCCUGCUUUCUUCUGUGUGCUCACUGUGGCAGAGGUCCAGGGUUACAGAAUAAGACUUCAUUUCGAUGGUUACCCUGAGUGCUAUGACUUCUGGGUGAAUGCAGACUCAUGGGAUGUGAAACCACCAGGCUGGUGUGAGAAGAUGGGCCUCAAGCUGCUGCUGCCUAAAGGUUGCAGAGAUGGAGAAUUUAAUUGGAACACUUACGUAAAGAAUUGUAGAGGCCAGCUGGCACCCAAACAUUUAUUUAAAAGUCUUAAUACCUCAGUGACCCCCUCAGGCUUUCGUACUGGGAUGAAGCUAGAGGCUAUUGACAGGAAAAACCCAUCACUCAUCUGCGUAGCCACCAUUUCCGCUGUUGUGGAUAACCGCCUCCUCAUCCACUUUGAUAACUGGGAUGAUGCAUAUGAUUACUGGUGUGAUGCCAGCAGCCCGUAUAUUCAUCCAGUUGGAUAUUGUGAGGAAGCAGAGUUAACACUGACCACACCUGCAGAGUACAAACAACCAAAAACUUUCUCAUGGGAGAAAUACCUGGAAGAGACUGGAACCCAAGCAGCACCUGCUAGAGCCUUCAAACAGAGACCUCCACAUGGCUUCCAGGUGGCAAUGAAGUUGGAGGCAGUGGACAAACGCAACCCCAUGCUCAUCCGCGUUGCCACUAUAGCAGCCACAGAGGACCACAGGGUCAAGAUCCAUUUUGAUGGUUGGAGCGAUGAAUAUGAUUACUGGGUGGAUGCUGAUAGCCCCGAUCUGCAUCCCGUAGGAUGGUGUCAAAAGACUGGUCAUCCUUUGCAGAACCCCAAUUGUUCUAGUGAUCCCCAGGUCCCACCAGGACAAGGCUGCCCUACUCCAGGAUGCAACGGGGUUGGACACAUCAAAGGACCUCGCUAUGGAACACAUUACACGGCCGUCAGCUGUCCCUACUCUGAGCUGAAUCUGAAUAAGGAGGGGCUGCUGCCUGACAGGCUGAGUGGAGAGAGGCCGGUGACACUGAGUGGCCCUUCACGGCACAGGCGCACAGAAUCAGUCGCACAGACUCCCUCUACCACACCCACAGGCAGCAAUCCUGAAACCAAUGACAACAUGGACAACUCCUCACCAGCCAAGACUGCCACUGCAGCCAAGUGCACAAAGCCGAAUCAGGUGAAGCAUGAAGGAAAUGGAAAAGUAGAUUCUCUGCAGCAGUUCUUGCAUGACUCUGUGUUCUGUGGCUGGGAGCCACCCAAGUUUCAGCACUGCUGGGAGAAACAUGGCAAACUGUUACCUGAAGCCCUGGGUCUCAGUGCAAAGACAGUGGCCAAGUGGAGCACAGAAGAGGUUGCAAGUUUUGUGAGAAAGCUACCAGGCUGCAGGGAACAUGCUGCCAUUUUCAGGAAUGAGCAAAUUGAUGGUGAAGCCUUCCUCCUUCUCACCCAGUCUGACAUUGUAAAGAUCCUAAGUAUCAAGCUGGGCCCUGCUCUGAAAAUCUAUAACUGCAUUCUUAUGCUGAGGAGUGUGGAUGAAGAAUAGCAUCCCCACACCAUGAAAACCUGUCUUAGUGCUUCUGUACUUAUCAGUAACCACAAGGCAAUCAUUUUUCCUCAUCUUUUUUUAUCUCCCAACUUUGUGACUCAUCCUUGCAAUGGUGAUAAGUUCACAUUCUGUGUAGUCACUGAGGUUGCCCUAUGAUGAACAAGUACUUCAGAAAAUUGAACAGACUGGAAUUUUAUCUGCUUAAAAGCAGUUUUAUGUGAUUGUCCUGUUAUACAACUGGGCAUCAGAAUGUACAAGUUGGGUAUAAAUAUAAAGGUCUUUGGAGGACUAUGCUGCUAAACAGGCACAAAAUUUCUUGUCUUUUCCUGUAUUUUUCUUGUAUCAUCUGUAUGUAGUCCUAACUGAAAUCUGCUACUUUAUUCAAAAGUUAUUUGAUGAUUUGAUUCUUAUUAACUUAUUGCUAUUUUGAUUUUUAAUUAACUUUUUGGACUCAAAAGUGCAUGGUUUUGAGGCACUGCAAUAUCAAUGCAUUAUUAUUAUUUAUGAUUUUUAUGGUUACUAAUUGUAUAAAUAAUUGGUUUAUGAAAUGUGAACAAAUUACACAUUGGUGGACCUUUUACUUGAAAUGUACAAAGUAAUUUUUAAAUUGAUGCAAAAAAACAGACUUUUGUAUAUGAACCCACAUCACAUCCACAACGGUCAGGAUGGGUGUAUGUAAGACCACUAGGAUGAGGGAUAUGCUUGUGGGUGUGUGUGUAACCCAGAGAGAAAGAGACUGUACAUGUUUUACUUUGCAUCAGGGAAUCUCUUAGUUCAGUCAGAUCUUAAAAUGAAUGUCUAAUUUGCUAUGUAGUAGUGUCGAAAUUGUGCUUUGUGAAAUCCAUUUAAAAUUUUGUAAAUUGUACAGUGAUACUGAUGUGGGUGUAUUUUGAUCCUUGAGGGUGUGUGUAUGUGUGAGAGAGAGAGAGAGACUAACUUGACUUAAAGGUAGAUUCCGUUGAAAAUAAGAUGAAAUGUAAGCUGUAAUGCUCGAGAGUCUUAACUGAUGAAAUAAAAUAAGAUCUGAGUUACAGCCUAA